AUGUCAAACAAGUGGACUCAAGAUUUACCACCAGUUGGAGGUUUCCCAAAAUUAAAUUAUAACAGAAGAGCACCAGUAGCAAUUUCAGGUUAUGCUAUUUUUGGUACUUUUCUUGUAGUAACCACUGUUACAACUGCUAUUUAUUUCAACGAAAAAAUUGAUAGACUUAAUAACCAAAAAGAAGAAAAAAGAAGAUUAUCAAUGAUUUUACCAAUUUUACAAGCUGAAAACGAUAUUUGCUUCCUUGCCUCACCACAUAAAAAUGUUUAUUACACCAGAUGGAUGCCACCACAAAUCAAUAAAAGACAAAUGGCUGCUCUUCCAAAACACUAA